AAUGUCGUUUAGCAUGACAGAUUGCAGCAGCGUGUGUGUAUGUGUUGACCUGUCACACGUGCUUUUAAAAACGACAUUUCAAUUUAUUCAACCACAUUUCAGAUCUUACAGAUUUGAUUUCCGAUUGAAUUUUAACAUUUUUAAUUGAUUUUUCGGUUGAUUCUUAGCAAUAAUAGUAAAAUGGGACGAAAAGGAUCUUUUGCAGAAAGGCCAGUUAAAGGUCCUGGUCGAAAAACUAAAAAACAAGGCCCUCCGGUGUUAACGAAAGGUUUCAAAGGUCCACCUAGUCCCAAACCGGAAGAUUUGAAACUGUCACAUAGACAAAAGCAACGUUUAGUUAAACGUCAACAUAAGAAGUUAAAUAAGCAGCCACCUCCAGCCAAGAAACAAGUGCAACAGAAGAAGUUAUCUAAAUAUGAUAGCGAGGAAAGUGUCGACGAAGGUUCAGACAUUGAAGAGGAAUCAGAAAAUGAUAUGGACUUUAAAGAUGAAUCUAGCGGUUCCGAUUCUGAAAAUGAAGCUCAGGGAUUCACCGAUGAUAACAAAAGCUGGUUGACACCAAAGUCAAAACAAAAUGGUCACAUUCAGAACGGUGCCGACGAAAGUGAUGAAGAGGAAGGGAGUGAUGAAGAAAUGGGCGAAGAGGGAGAAAGUGGUGAAGAGGUGGAUGAAGAGCAAGAAAGUGAGGAUGAUGAUAGCGAUGACAACGAUAUCGAAGACGAGGAAUACGAUAGUGAUGACGUAAAAGUUGGUACACUGAAUGAUUUUUCGGUGGAUGAUAGUGAGGCUUCGGACGAUGAGGAGGAUGUAGCCGACAUAAUGGAUGAACAAGAUUCGGACGACGACGAUGAUGAUGAUGAAGGAGAUAGUGAUGACGAUUCGGAUAGUGAAAAUGAUUCGAACGAGGAUGGUGAAGAUGAUCUGCUUCCCAUAGAGAAAGCGUCGAAGAAAUUAAAAGCCAAAAAGGAAAAGGAAACCCAAUUAGCUGAGGACGAAUUCCAAAUGAACAUUGAAAAAUCUGAUGUUUUCACUCUACCUGAUCCGGAAGAUGAGGCAGACGCUGAGAAGGCCUUAACACUACAGGACAUUCAGCAACGGAUCAAGGAUGUUGUUUUGGUUUUGUCAGAUUUCAAGAAGUACCGUCAGGUGAAUCGUACUAGAAAUGAAUACGUCCAGCUGCUUCGAUCCGAUUUGUGCACAUACUACAGUUACAACGAGUUUUUGAUGGAAAAACUGAUGGACAUAUUUCCAUUGAAUGAGCUCAUGGAAUUCCUUGAAGCAUCUGAAGUCCAACGUCCGCUCACUAUCCGAACGAAUACAUUGAAAACAAGACGUCGUGAUCUGGCUCAAGCUCUUAUUAAUCGUGGUGUGAACUUAGAUCCGUUGGGGAAAUGGACCAAAGUUGGUUUGGUUGUUUACAAUUCGUCAGUUCCAUUGGGUGCAACACCGGAAUAUUUAGCCGGACACUACAUGAUUCAAGGAGCUUCGAGUAUGUUACCCGUUAUGUCGCUGGCCCCGCAAGAAAACGAACGUAUACUCGAUAUGUGUUCGGCACCUGGAGGUAAAAGUUCGCACAUUGCGUCGAUUAUGAAGAAUACCGGAGUAUUAUUUGCGAACGAUGCCAAUGCUGAUCGUAUCAAGGCUGUUGUCGGAAAUUUUCACCGAUUGGGUGUUGUCAAUGCUGUUGUCAGCUGCGAAGAUGGCUGCAAGUUUGGCACAAUCAUGCAGGGCUUCGAUCGCAUUUUGUUAGAUGCCCCUUGUACAGGCACAGGUGUUGUAUCCAAAGAUCCGAGCGUGAAAAUAUCGAAAUCUGAGGUUGACAUCCAACGCUGUUACAAUUUGCAGAGGAAAUUGCUACUCAAUGCCAUUGAUUGUUUGAACGCUAAAAGCGUUAGCGGUGGAUAUCUGGUGUAUUCGACAUGUUCAAUUCUUCCCGAAGAGAAUGAAUGGGUCAUUGAUUACGCUCUGAAGAAGCGUAACGUUAAAUUGGUUCCAACUGGACUGGAUUUCGGAACGGAAGGUUUUGUUAACUAUCGACAAUUUCGUUUCCAUCCGAGCAUGAAAUUGACCCGUCGAUAUUAUCCCCACACCCACAAUAUGGACGGAUUCUUUGUUGCAAAAUUAAAGAAAUUCUCUGAUGUUAUACCGGCUGGUGGUAACGAUGAAGAAGAUGCAGAGCAGCUUGAUGUGAGUCAAGAAAGUGCGCCUACAGAAAAUGGAGACACUGAAACUGUUCAAAACAAACGGAAAGCGGCAAAAGAAUUGGAAACAUCCGAAGCUAAGAAACGUAAACGUGAAGCCGAUGAAAAGAAGUACGUAGCAAAGGUGUUCGAAAAGCCUGUAAUUGUGAAAAAAGCACCGGACACCAGCGAACAGAAAAAGUCGAAGAAAAACAAGAAGAAAGCGGCCAAAGAUGUGGUAACUUCUCCAGCGCCGGUAAUUGAACCGAAAUCGAAAAUCGCGACGAAUGCAACAACGAAGGAAAAGAAAGUUGAUCUGCUGAACGGAACGACACCCAAAUCUAAGAAACAAAAAGCGAAUGGAUCCGCACAAAUUCAAGACACUGUUGCCGUAGUUGCUGUAAAUAAAUCGAAAUACAUUUCAAACGUAAAGCAGAACGUGAAUGAGAAGAAAUUGCAGGACAAACCAGAUCAAACGCCAAAUGUGGAAUCACCUUCAGCAUCCGGUAAAAAUAAAAAGAAACAGAAAGGUAAUCCGUCUGCGCAUGAGCCUGUUUUGAAUGGAGUGGAUGACCACCAACUAUCCAAGACUCCAACUAAGGGCACUCCGAAAAAGGGAAGUUCAAAACAACAAAAUAUGGUAGAAGCAUCCGCUGAUAUGGGAAAUGAUAGGACUCCCAAAAACUCUUCGAAACAGAAAAAGAAUAGCCCCACCAAAGCAGGAAAAGAUAAUGUGACAAUUGAAAGCGAACCAGCGAUGCAGACGCCAAAACAAAAUCGUUUGAACCAAUCGAUGAACAGUACGAAGAAAUCUGCGUCGAAAAUGAAUGUACAAACGCAAGCAAAGACCCCGAAAAAGGGAAUUGAGAAAGACGCAGUCGCUACACCAUCGGAAGAGUCGAAAACUCCGAAGAAACCGAUUAGGAACGAUGUCAAAUCCACACCACAUUUAUCCAAAACACCGAAAAAAGCAACUGAGAAUGAUGUCAUCAAUACGUCCACACAGCCGAAGACCCCGAAAACACCAACUGUAGACCAAGCGACACCCAAACAAUCAAAGACCCCGAAAAAUCACAACAACACUCCAGCUGUAGCUAAUAAGACUCCACAGACAAAACAACAGCUUCAGACACCGAAAUCAUCGAAGCAUCCGGGUAAAACAGAUAGCAUCACCCCAAAUUCGGCUGUACCGAAAAGUGUCGAGAAAAGUGGAAAGUCAUCGAAACAAAGUUCCAGUCCAUCAUCAGCAAGCGCAGGUGACCAGCAGAAAUCGGUAAAUCAGAAGAAAAAUAUGAAGCCAGGAAAGGUGGAAGUUGAUAGUCUGUCCGACUCGUUUGCGUUGAAGGUGAAGGCAAAAAUGAGUAAGAAGAAACCAGUCAAGAAAAUCGGCAGCCUUAAAGUGAACAAGAAACCUGACGAAUCGAAAAAAAUGGGAUUCAAGAGCAAGACGGAGAAGGCUAAGAAACGCUGAACUGGACCGACAAAGGUGACUUAAUUGAAUAUUUGUUAGUUCUCAGACACGUCUUGUGCAAAGGAACAUUUUUAUUAAAAACUCUUUAAUAUUUCAA